AGCCAAACCGAGACACAUCAUAGACAGAGCAGGACCACACCGACCGGUCUGUCUCCUGAAGAUGCUGAAAUAACGGCGACAAACGACCAUCUUUCGCUUCUUCAUCGUGACUAGCUCACUCGCAGUCUCCACCAUGUCUGGAAAAAUAGACAGUAAGCAAGAGUCCCAGCGUUCACACCUGACGUCCUUUACAAUGAAACUAAAGGAUAAAUUCCACUCUCCCAAAAUCAAGAGGACGGCAUCAAACAAAAAGUCCAAACCACAACCAGAACAACCUGUUAAGUCUCCUGUAAAGACUGUGACCAAAAGUCUGAGUCGACUAGAGGAGCACGAAAAAGAAGUGGUCAGUGCUUUGCGGUACUUCAAGACAAUAACUGACAAAAUGGUGGUGGACAAGAAGGUCCUGGAGAUGCUUCCUGGUUCUGCAAGCAAAGUGUUGGAGGCCAUCAUGAGCUUGGUGCAACUCGAUAGCAAGAUAUUGAGCAGUUCAAGAGUGUCAUCAUGUCUAAGCGAACUCUAUCAGAGUCUAGCAAACCUCAUCGGCUGGUCGGACAAGGUGAUGCUGAAGGGCGUGAACUUGGAAGAUAAAGAAACGAUAACAUCCGCCACCAAUAUGAUCAAAGCAGUGCUGGAUGGUGUAAAGGAGCUUGUUAAAGUCACCACCGAGAAGCAGGAACAUCCCUCACCCACUACGCCUGUCAAACCCCUGCCCCCGGUCGCCAAUCCACAACGUGUUCAAGAUCCACUUGUGACAAAGGAAAAAGCUGUGAAAGAUACCCCUGCCCCGGCUGAGAACACAGAGACUCCAAAUGAUCUCCCCGAUGAGGAGUUGGCCCCUCCUAAACCCCCUCUACCUGGACUCAAAGUGCCUGAACACUUUCCACCGGCGCUUCCUCCAAAGAAGCGUCAAUCUGCGCCGUCCCCAACUAGGAUCGCCAUUGUAGCCCCCAUGAGUCGCACCACAAGCGGAUCUAGUCUUCCUAUUGGCAUAUGUCGACAGGAUUAUGAAGCAGAUGCUUUACAAAGGCGGUUUUCCGGCGGCAGUCACUCUUAUGGAGGGGAUUCUCCGCGACUCUCCCCCUGCGGCAGUAUUGGCGUUUUGAGUAAAUCGGACGAGCAGCUUUCCUCUCUGGAACAGGACAGCGGACAGUGUUCUCGUAACACCAGCUGUGAGACUCUGGACACAGCAGAAAGCUACGACCCCGAUUACGACUUCCUGCAUCAGGAUCUAUCUAGCGUCGAGCAGAUACCCACCGCUCACACUGGUUGUCUAAGCCCCCUUCCCGAGUCCAACAACGAAUCGCCUUCAUCCUUUUUCCAGCUCCAACCGAUACCACCCGCUCUCCCGAAAAAGGAACGCCGCGCCCCUCUGCCUCCGGUGGAACGGCUUCAAUCUCAAUAUGACAAUGUUCCAGAUGAGGACAUGCCCACCCCUCCCUUCCCUCUUUUUGCAUCUUCGAAAUGUGGAGUGUUUUUGCCAAACUUUAGUCCCGCUGAGAACGCGCAAAUUCCCCUAAGCCCCCCACCCUUGCCGGAGAAAAAGAGUCGGCACAUCCUGAAGUACAUGCAGUUUAUGGAGGAUUACUCUGAGCCGACGCCUUCAGUCUUCUACCAGAUGCCGCAGAGCGAACGCAUUUAUGAGCAGCGCAAUCGGAAACGCUUUCAGGAAGUGUAUGGUCUCAGCGACUCCUUUAGCAGCAGCGACGAGCCCCUCCCUCCUCCGGCGCUGCCGCCCAAACAGAGACAGCUGGCCUCCUCACACUCUGCAUCUCCUUCCUCCUCCUCUUCUUCCUCUAUCUCGUGUCACCUCCAGCAGUGUGCUUCCGGGCCGGGCCCCGGCGAGACAGAAGCUGCUCUCACUCUGUCUGCAUCUAACUCCUCUCUGAGUCGCCAGGGUUCCCUGCCUGCUCCCACGAGCCUUAGCGAUGAAGGUGGGGAGGGUGAAUACGUUAAUCUGUAUUCAUCCAACCAACCCAAUGGAGAUGUGACUUUCUCUAAUGGAGACUCUUCUUGUGGACCCGAGGACUCCCUCCAAGAUUCAUCGUCAGAACACGACAAAGACCCGGUCGACAGAGAAGGAUGGAAGCAGAAGUGUGUGGAGUCCGAGAUGAGCUCAGAGGAGUUGGACCAGCUUUCGCUGGUAGAUCACGAUGAGAUCAUGUCUCACUUAACACUAAAGCAAGAGAAUGAUGACGGGCCUGAUGUUCGAGCUGGAUCAGGGAAUAUUUUAUUAGUUCACGCCACUGAAGCGGAUCGCAAAGAUCGAGUUUUGUACUGCGAGGCUUUCCUGACCACAUACAGAACGUUUUUAACCCCAGAGGACCUCAUUAAAAAGCUUCGCUAUAGAUAUAACAGAUAUUCUCACAGCCCUGACAGCGCCAAACAGCGUGUUAGUAAAAACGCCUUCUUCCUUCUGGUGCGGGUCGUGGAUGAGCUCUGUUUGGUGGAAAUCACAGAGGACAUCCUGAAGCAACUUAUGGAUCUUGUGCUCCAUCUGUUGCGUAACGGGGAGCUCUCGCUGGCUCGGGUUCUGCGCAAGAACAUUCUAGAAAAAGUCCAGCAGAAGCAAUUGCUGCAGUACACUAAUUCCCUCAAAACGCUGGCUGCACGAGGAGUGGCCGCCAGGCCCGGAACUCUGCACGACUUCCGUAGUCACGAGAUCGCAGACCAGCUCACUCUUCUCGACGCAGAGCUGUUUUAUAAAAUAGAGAUCCCCGAGGUCUUACUCUGGGCAAAGGAACAGAACGAAGAGAAGAGUCCUAAUCUGACGCAGUUCACGGAGCACUUCAACAACAUGUCUUACUGGGUUCGGUCCUUAAUAAUCUUACAGGAGAAAGCCCAGGAUCGAGAAAAACUCCUUUUAAAAUUUAUUAAAAUUAUGAAGCACCUAAGAAAACUCAAUAAUUUCAAUUCUUACUUGGCAAUAUUGUCAGCGUUGGAUUCAGCACCCAUUAGAAGACUGGAAUGGCAGAAACAAACUUCAGAAGGUUUGGAGGAAUAUUGCACUUUAAUUGACAGUUCCUCCUCCUUCCGAGCUUACAGGGCUGCUUUAGCAGAUGUGGAUCCUCCGUGUAUACCGUAUCUAGGUCUUAUACUCCAGGACUUAACUUUUGUACAUCUCGGGAAUCCUGAUCACAUUGGCGGAAAAAUCAACUUUUCCAAACGCUGGCAGCAGUUUAAUAUCUUGGAUACUAUGAGGCGCUUUCAGCAAGUGCACUAUGAUCUCAAACACAAUGAAGACAUUGUCUCGUUCUUUAACGACUUCAGCGAUCAUCUAGCCGAGGAGGCUUUGUGGGAGCUGUCUCUGAAGAUCAAACCCCGCAACAUCACGCGACGAAAAACAGAACGAGAGGAAAAGACAUAGCUGACUUGGCCCACCGAACAAACUGUGUUAAACCCCGGCCCCUACGAAGUUGCAAGACACAGCGAUCGAAAGUUACCGUAACGGCAGCUACGAGACUGGAAAUUCUGUAUUUCUGUGAUGGUUUACAGAAACUUUUUUUAAACCAUGAUUAGGUUUUAUUUUGCAAUUGCACUGCAGCUUAACCCGUGUGUACAUUUGGAGUGUAACAGUGCAGAGAGAAAAGACUGAAAACGACUGAACACAACGUCGGACACGCGAGAUUACAUGGUUUGAGAUUGUGACCUGGGAUCGAAGGUGAUAUUCCAGGAUUUUCCACCUCGCCAUCUGGAUGAUUGCAGCUCCGUUUGGAAAUAAAUGACUCGGACAGCGAAUUGACUUUGUUAUGCUGAUGCUCCUUGAAGACUGAUAUUUUUAUUUAUUUUUUAUCAAAAAAAAAUGCACAUAUAGACUCUGGGGUUUGGGGGGAAUGAUGUAUGUUUAGAAGCUGGGUCGAACAGCUUUGAGCAUGUAUGAUAAAAGGUCAUGAUUAGGUCACAAGUUCAUUUUUGUUGACAAGAGUGUGUCAGUUUCAUCUGCAUAAAGCCAUUUAUGGUCACUUGUGUUUCUGUUAAUCAUUCCUGAGGUCUUUGUAAAAUCACAUGUCUUCCAAUGACAAUUAAGUAUUGCUAUUUAUCAGGGAAACCCAUGUUGUUAUGUUAACCAUGUAUGUUAUUUAUUUGUUUAUUUAUGCACAUGGAUGAAAACCUGCUUUAUGUAACAAGAUCAUUAGCGUUACUUGGAAAGUAUGUUUUCUUCAGAUGUGUCUGUUUGUGUGAGAAAGGUCUUGGGAGUUGUAACUGUUGUACAUUACAAUCUUUUUCUUUCUAUGUCUGACGCAGAGAUCUAACAGUGACCUGUUAUCAAGCGCUUGAGGCUGUUGGUGUAGUGGUGUCAGUGUGAUUUUUUUAAAUAUAUAAUGCAGUUCUCCUUUUGUUUUUAAAAAGGAUUUUUCAUGGACAUUUGCUGAGAGAUUUUCUCUGUUGUGUGAGACAUAAUAAAAUGUGCACUUUGAAGUCG